GUCCAGUAGAUUUCUAUGUAGUAACGGAAGUAGCACAUAGAGCCCGCCCACGGCUCCGGAAGAGCACCGUGGUGUUACGGGUGCUCUGGGUUCCGCGUGUGUGAAUGUGACCAUGCGGGCUCGGGAGUGAAAAGGUGCUGCCGCCGGGAACUUGGAGACCCAGACAUGGCAGCCAUAGAAGAAAGCUUUCCCCGAGGGGGCGCAAGAAAGAUCCACAAAUUAGAGAAAUCUUACCAGCAGUCAAUUGAACAUGACAACUUAUUUGAUAUUUCCUCUGAAGAACAGUCCAUCAAAAGGAAAAAGAACCAGAAAGGCCCAGCAAAAACAAAAAAGUUGAAAACUGAAAAGAGAGAGAGUGGCAAGUCUGUCAAAGAGAAGUUUGAAAUCCUCAGUGUGGAGUCUCUGUGUGAGGGAAUGCGGAUUUUGGGUUGUGUCAAAGAGGUAAAUGAACUGGAGCUGGUGGUCAGUCUCCCCAAUGGCCUCCAGGGCUUUGUGCAAGUGACUGAAAUCUGUGAUGCCUACACCAGAAAGCUGAAUGAGCAGGUGGUACAAGAAGAACCUCUGAAGGACCUACUCCGCUUGCCUGAACUUUUCUCGCCUGGAAUGCUGGUGAGAUGUGUGGUAAGCAGUGUGAGCAUCACAGAGAGAGGCAAAAGGAGUGUCAAGCUCUCUCUGAACCCCAGAAAUGUCAACAGAGUGCUAAGUGCUGAGGCCCUGAAGCCUGGCAUGCUGCUGACGGGUACGGUAUCCAGCCUGGAAGACCACGGCUAUGUCAUGGAUAUUGGUGUUGCUGGGACCAGAGCUUUUCUGCCACUUCAGAAAGCCCAGAAAUACAUGCGACAGAAGAACAAAGGUGCUAAAUUGAAGGUGGGUCAGUACCUGCACUGCGUCAUUGAGGAGGUGAAAGGCAACGGAGGAGUUGCUAGCCUCUCCGUAGAGCAGUCAGAGAUUUCUGCUGCCAUUGCUACCCGGGAGCAAAACUGGAGCCUCAACAACUUGCUACCAGGACUGGUGGUCAAAGCUGAGGUUCAGAAGGUGACUCAGUUUGGCCUUACCCUGAACUUCCUCACGUUCUUCACGGGCCUGGUCGACUUCAUGCACCUGGAUCCCAAGAAAGUGGGAACGUAUUUCUCAAACCAAGCCGUGAGGGCCUGCAUCCUCUGUGUGCAUCCUCGGACCAGGGCUGUGCGCCUGAGCCUGCGCCCCAUCUUCCUGCAGCCCGGGCGCCCACUCACCCGGCUCUCUUGCCAGCACGUGGGAGCUGUGAUGAAAGACGUCCCUGUCCAGGGCUUUUUCAACAAGGCAGGGGCCACCUUCAGGCUGAAGGAUGGGGCUCUGGCCUAUGCCCGGCUCAGCCAUCUCUCUGAUUCUAAGAAUGCCUUCAGACCCGAGGCUUUCAAGCCGGGGAACACUCACAAGUGCAGAAUUAUUGACUACAGCCAGAUGGAUGAACUGGCCUUGCUCUCUCUGAGGACGUCUGUUAUCGAAGCUCAGUACCUUAAAUAUCAUGAUAUCAAAACUGGGGCAGUGGUGAAGGGCUCCGUGCUGUCCAUAAGGCCGUUUGGGAUGCUGGUGAAGGUGGGUGAACAAAUGAGGGGCCUGGUACCUGCCACGCACUUGGCUGACGUCCUGCUGAAGAACCCAGAGAAGAAGUACCACAUCGGGGACAAGGUCAAGUGCCGGGUUUUACUUUGUGAUCCUGAAGCUAAGAGGCUGAUCAUGACACUGAAGAAAACCCUGGUCAUAUCCAAACUACCUAUCAUUGCCUGCUACGAAGAUGCCAAGCCUGGUCUGCAGACGCAUGGCGUCAUCCACAGGGCCAGGGACUACGGCUGCAUCGUGAGGUUCUACAACGACGUGCAGGGACUGGUGCCCAAGCAUGAGCUUAGUGCCCAGUAUGUCCCUGACCCGGAGAAGGUCUUCUACACCGGCCAGGUGGUGAAGGUUGCUGUUGUGAACUGUGAGCCGGCCAAAGAAAGGAUGCUCUUAUCUUUCAAGCUGUUGAGUGAUCCAGAGCCAAAGAGUGAGAGUGUGGGACACGGUCGGAAGAAAGAAAAAGAUGUUGGUGUCGGGCAGUUGGUGGAUGUGAAGGUUUUAGAAAAGACCAAAGAUGGGCUGCAGGUGACUGUGCUGCCCCACAACAUCCCUGCUUUCCUCCCCACCCCUCACCUGUCAGACCACGUUGCCAACGGCCCACUGUUGCACCACUGGCUCCAGGCAGGUGACGUACUUCACCGUGUGCUGUGUCUGAGCCAGAGUGAGAGACAGCUCCUACUCUGCAGGAAGCCAGCUUUGGUCUCCUCGGUAGAAGGUGGCCAGGAUCCAAAGAGCUUCUCAGAAAUCCAGCCGGGAAUGCUGCUUAUUGGCUUUGUAAAGAGCAUCAAGGACUAUGGCGUGUUCAUCCAGUUCCCCUCUGGUCUGAGCGGGCUGGCCCCCAAAGCAAUCAUGAGUGACAAGUUUGUGACGAACCCGAGUGACCACUUUGUUGAGGGGCAGACGGUGGUGGCACAGGUGACCAACGUGGACGAGGAGAAGCAGCGGAUGCUGCUGUCGCUGCGGCUGUCCGACUGCAGGCUGGGAGGCCCCGAGAGCACCAGCCUGCUGCUCCUGAGCCAGUGUCUGGAGGAGCUGCAGGGCGUGCGCAGCCUCAUGAGUGGCCGAGACUCUGUGCUGGUCCAGACCCUGGCCGAGAUGACCCCGGGAAUGGUCCUGGACCUGGUGGUGCAGGAGGUGUCGGAAGAUGGCUGUGUGGUGUUCUGCGGGGGUCCGGUGCCGGACCUGGUCCUGAGAGCCAGCAGAUAUCAUCGAGCAGGGCAGGAGGUAGAAUCUGGGCAGAAGAAGAAGGCCGUCAUCCUCAACGUCGACAUGUUGGGAUUGGAGGUCCAUGUGUCCCUUCGCAAGGAGCUGGUGAAUAGAAAAGCUCAAAAGCUGAAGAAAGGCAGCACACACCAGGCCACUGUGCAGCACUUGGAGCCGUGCUUCGCCGUGGCCUCCCUGAUGGAGACUGGCCAUCUGGUGGCCUUCUCCCUGGCCUCGCACCUCAACGACACCUUCCGCUUUGACUCGGAGAAGUUGCAGGUGGGACAGGGUGUCUGCCUGGUCCUCAAGACCACGGAGCCGGGAGUGACUGGUCUUCUUUUGGCCGUCGAGGGCCCGGCUGCCAGGAGGGUCCUGAGGCAGCCCCGGAAGAGCUCUGAGACAGCGGAUGAGGAUGAGGAGGGAGACCCCGCUCUGGCUGUAGGCCCCAGAAAGAAGCACGCCCUGGCCAUCGGGGACGUGGUCACUGGGACGGUGAAGUCUGUCAAGCCCACCCGUGUGGUUGUGACCUUGGGAGAUGGUGUGAUCGGUUGUGUCCACGCCUCCCACAUCCUGGAUGACGUUCCUGAGGGUGCCACUCCCACUGCGACGCUGAGGGUCGGGAAGACCGUGACUGCGCGAGUAAUCGGCGGGCGAGAUGUGAAGACCUUUGCGUUCCUCCCUGUGAGUCACCCCAGAUUUAUUCGAACCGUCCCGGAGCUGAGUGUCCGGCCAAGUGAGCUGCAGAAGGAUGGUUACACCGUGUUGAACACCCACUCGGCCAGCCCCGUGGAGAAGAUUCAGCAGUACCAGACUGGUCAGACUGUGACUUGCUUCUUAAAGAAGUACAAUGUGGUUAAGAAAUGGCUGGAAGUGGACGUCACACCAGACAUCCGAGGGAGAAUUCCCUUGUUGCUCACAUCUCUCAGCUUCAAGGUUCUGAAACAUCCGGAUAAGAAGUUCCAGAUUGGCCAGGCCUUGAGGGCCACUGUGGUUGGCCCAGAUUCCUCCAAGGCUUUCUUGUGUCUCUCACUCAUAGGUCCACACAAGCUUGAAAAGGGAGAGGUGGCCAUGGGCCGGGUAGUGAAAGUGACACCCGGUAAGGGGUUGACAGUGGCCUUCCCCUUUGGGAGGACGGGGACGGUCAGCAUAUUCCAUGUGAGUGACUCCUACUCUGAGAGACCCCUGGAGGACUUCAUCCCCCAGAAGGUUGUCAGGUGCUAUGUCCUGUCCACUGCGGGCCAUGUACUGACUUUGUCACUGCGAUCAUCCAGGACGAACCCGGAGACUAAGAGCAAAGUGGAAGACCCAGAGAUUAGCUCCAUGCGUGACGUUAAGGAGGGGCAGCUUUUGCGGGGCUACGUGCGAUCCGUGGAGCCAAGCGGCGUGCUCCUGGGCCUCGGCCCCUCGGUGGAGGGUUUGGCCCUGUUCUCACACGUGUCCCGGUGCGGCCUGCCCAGGAGGGACCUUUACAGCAAAUACCUCCCUGAGGGGAGGCUGCUCACCGCCAGGGUCCUGAGGCUGAACCCCAGCGAGAACUUGGUCGAAUUGUCCUUCCUUCCCGGUGAUACUGGCCAGCCAGAUGUGCUGUCUGUCUCCCCGGAACUGCUGCUUCAGAAGCAAAAGGAGGAAGUAGGGGCCAAGGAGAGGGACAAAAUGGGAGAAAAGAAGAGGAGUCAGAAAAGGACAGAGAAGAACCAGGAGGGGCUGGAGGAGGGGGAGCUGCCCAGCAAGGAGCAGGUUGGGGCCAAGCGGUCUGGCAAGCGCGAGCGCCCAGACUCCGGGGAAGCGCAGGAAAGCGUGAACAAGAGGCAGAAGAAGGCUGGGCCGCCAGAGGAUGACAGCGGCGUGGAGGUGUAUUAUCGGGAGGGAGAGGAGGAGACGGAGGUGCUGCUCAAGGGGACACUGACCAAACCCGCAGAUGCGCCCCGGCUGCGACUCUCCUCGGGCUUCCUCUGGGACGUGGGGCUCGACACUCUGACCCCGGCCUUGCCACCACGAAGAGAGAGCUCAGACAGCGAGGAGGAUGAGGAGCCACACCAUGCCACGCAGAAAAGGAAGAGCAAGAAGGAGAGGGAGUUGGAGAAACAGAAGGCAGAGAAAGAGCUGUCGCGCAUUGAGGAGGACCUUAGGGACCCUGGGCGGCAGCCGGCAUCCGCAGAUGACUUUGACCGGCUGGUGCUGAGCUCCCCCAACAGCUCCAUCCUGUGGCUGCAGUACAUGGCCUUCCACCUGCAGGCCACGGAGAUCGAGAAGGCCCGGGCUGUGGCUGAGAGGGCCCUGAAGACCAUCUCCUUCAGAGAGGAGCAAGAGAAGCUGAAUGUGUGGGUGGCACUGCUGAACCUGGAAAACAUGUAUGGCUCUCCUGAGUCCCUGAGCAAGGUCUUCGAACGCGCUGUGCAGUACAAUGAGCCUCUCAAGGUCUUUCUCCACCUGGCCGACAUCUACGCCAAGUCUGAGAAGUUCCAGGAAGCUGGUGAGCUGUAUAACCGUAUGCUAAAGCGCUUCCGGCAGGAGAAAGCUGUCUGGAUCAAAUAUGGGGCCUUUCUUCUCCGGAGGGGCCAGGCUGGCGCCAGUCACCGUGUGCUGCAGCGAGCCCUCGAGUGCCUGCCUGCCAAGGAGCACCUGGACACCAUCACCAAGUUCGCCCAGCUGGAGUUCCGGCUGGGAGACGCAGAGCGGGCCAGAGCCAUUUUUGAAAACGUGCUGAGCACCUACCCGAAGCGCACCGACAUCUGGUCAGUCUACAUUGACAUGACCAUCAAGCACGGCAGCCAGAAGGAAGUCCGGGACAUCUUUGAGCGGGUCAUCCACCUGAGCCUGGCCCCCAAGAAGAUGAAGUUCUUCUUCAAGCGCUACCUGGACUAUGAGAAGCAGCACGGCACUGAGAAGGAUGUGCGGGCGGUGAAGGCGAAGGCCCUGGAGUAUGUGGAGGCCAAGAGCUCGGCGCUGGAGGACUAGCGUCUUGGGCUUCCGGAAGAUUGCAGCAGGCCGGCCGGGGCUGCUCUGGCGCCCGGCACACAAGGACUAUUUAACGUGCUGCUUUUUCUGCAGCACCUCAGGUGAUUC